AAGUUGAGGAGCCGGCCGCCACAUCCCGGAAGUGUAAUCCACCACUGUGUGUUACGUGCUCCUUGUGCGGCGUUUUGGUGUGCGGGUUAAGUCUACUGUGUGUAAUUUCGGAUAUUUUGUUGUGUCGUCGUGGCAUGUAGAUAAAAAAAGAGAACUCGGUUGCAAUGCAGAUCCUCACGCCUUGCGUUUACUGGGCUCAGCGACACGGAGAGAUUUAUCUCCGAGUGGAGCUGAGCGAUACCAAGAAUCUUGAAAUCAACCUGCAAGACAACACAAUUCAGUUCAGAGCACAAGGCCAUGGAGCUAAAGGAGACAAUGAAUACAAGUUUAGUUUGGAAUUUUUGGAAACCAUUAGACCUGAGAUUGAACAUAAGUCAACACAGCGUCAGGUAGACAUCAAAAUCAAGAAGCAGGAAGAGCGCUGGUGGGACCGCCUGACGCUGCAGGAGAAGCGGCCUCUCUUUCUGGCUCCUGACUUCAACCGCUGGCUGGAUGAGUCCGAUGCUGAGAUGGAGCUUCAGGCAAAGGAGGAAGAAAAGAUUAACAAGAUAAGUGUGGAGUCAAGAGUUCGGAAAGAUCCCUACCUGGGCUUGAAGAAAGGCUACUUAUUUAUGUACAAUCUGGUGCAGUUCCUUGGAUUCGCCUGGGUCUUUGUCAACUUGACGGUUCGACUCUUCAUUCUUGGUCGAGAUUCAUUUCAUGAUACCUUCCACACCACAGCUGAUGUGAUGUACUUCUGCCAGAUGAUGGCCGUGCUGGAGGUGAUUAAUCCCCUGUUAGGCUUGGUUAAGACGGGCUUUUUUCCUGCCAUGAUACAGGUCGCAGGGAGGAAUGUCAUUUUAUUUGUCAUCUUUGGCUGCUUGGAAGAGAUGCAGAACAAACCUGUUAUCUUCUUUGUGUUCUACCUGUGGAGCACCGUUGAAGUCUUCAGGUACCCUUUCUACAUGCUGGCCUGCAUUGGCACCGAGUGGAAGCUGUUGACGUGGCUCAGAUACAGCCUUUGGAUCCCACUGUACCCGCUUGGGGUUGUCGCCGAAGCGGUGGCCGUGAUUCAGUCCCUCCCCAUCUUUGACGAGACACGCCUGUUCAGCCUCCCUCUGCCUGCGCUGCUGGGGCACUACUUAAGCUUUUCAUACACUCUGCAGCUCUACUUGGUGCUCAUGUUUCUGGGGCUCUUCAUUAAUUUCCGAUACCUCUACAAACAGAGGAGGAGACGUUAUCGAUCAAGGAAAAGGAAAGUUCACUAAUGUAGGAAGACGUAACACAUAGUUUGAGCCACAAUACGUUUCUUUUUCCCCCCAUUGCCUUUUCCAUACAAGUCAUACUGGUGAAUAUAUUCUUGUUUGCCUCGAUGGGAAUUUCUUGAUAUUUUCUUUUCCUUAAAUUGCUCUAUCUAUAAAUUGCUCUAUCUACAGUUUUACCCUACAGGUGAUGUUUUUGACUGGCUCGUGUUUUGUUCAUGUUUUGAGAGGAUAAAACAUGUUUUUUAUAAUAUUAUUUACAUCAUUAAAUCAAAUGUCUAGUUUUUCUUUUUCUUUUUCAUCUGAUAUGAUGUUCGAACCUGAUCAGUUUCCUGCUGUUCUGUGUUUGAAACACAAGCAACACUGCUGUCAUCUUGCAGGAGGAAGCUGGCAGGUUGAACCUUCCAUCAGUAGCAUAAAUGAAUUGAUAAGGAUUUCGUAUUCUGAGAUUGGCUGGCAACCAGUCCAGGAUGUGCCCCACCUCUCUCCCAAAGUUAGCUGGAAUAUCCGUCAGCAUGCCCUCAACCCGAGUGCAGAUAGGCUGUAUAAAAAAGUGAUGAUGGACUGGUGGAUUAUCUAUUUUUUUUUUAAGUCUCCACCGAAUGGCUUAAUGCAUUGUUGUUGCUAAAUGUCAACGCACUUGAAUAGUAGUCACACUUUCUUAUGGUGUGGCCUGUUCAUCGUGCCUCUGUAGCUGAGUUAAUUGCAUUCUCAGCGGCACCAUUUUCAUAUGACAGCUCAAUCCAAAUGACUGCUGUUUGUCAACGCAGCAUUUCCGUCCUAACACUCAAAUGUCCAAGAUGAGAAAUUUGAAGUUGUAUGCUUCAUAUACACGCAGCCUUACCAUCCAUCCAUCCAUUUUCCGAUCCGCUUUAUCCUCACAAG